AUGAGCAUCAACAAGGUCAUUAAAUCCGUUGCCGUUAUAGGAGGGGGUCCUGCAGGUAUUGCCUGUGUGAACGAGCUUGUGCAUGUUUCUCAGAACGGCCGCUCUCUCCUUGAGACCUGUGUGAAACCCGUAACUACAGCGUUCGACAAGGUGGUUUGCUUUGAGCAAAACUCCAAACUAGGAGGCGUUUGGAAUUUCUUUAAAGAGCCCGAUGCCCAAUUACCGCCUCUGCAUGCUCUGAAUAGAGGUACUUACAAUAAGCCGGAUGGAAUAUACGAGCGUCCGUCAAUACCAAACAGGAAAUCGUUGCAGAGUGCAACCAGAGAACAUCCUUUUGUCAGGUUAAGUGAGAAGACUCUGUCAGAGGAGCAUCGGUGGCAUAGAAAUGCCGCAUACAAAGAUCUGUUUACAAAUGUUCCAGAGAAGUAUAUGAGGUUUUCUUAUACGCCAAUGGAGAACCUCAGUAGAGGCAGAUAUUUGGAGCCGUUAGUAUCAAUGGAUGAUAUUACCGAUUAUCUGGAGAGGGUGAUUGAGAGAUACGAUUUGAGGAGGCAUUUCCGUGUCAAUUCUGGAGUGGAAAGAAUUGAGAAGGUUGUCAAAGAAAAUGGACAGGAGAAAUGGCUGCUGACAAUCAGAGAGAAAACUCCAAGUACCAAAGUUGAACAGUGGUACACCGAGGAAUUUGAUGCUGUUGUUGCAGCAAAUGGGCACUGUAAUGUUCCCUUUAUACCUAAAACGGAAGGUCUGAACGAAUUCGUUAGGAAAUAUCCCAAUGUGGUCAAGCACAGCAAAUCGUAUAGGGAUGCAAACGAUUACAGAAAUUCCAAAAUUCUACUUUGUGGGUCUGGUACAAGCAGUGCAGAUUUGUUGCAAUACUUAUCACCAGUUGCUAAGGGUGUUACCGUUUCCCAGAGAUCCGAGAGUGUCUAUCCAUGGAUCGUCGAUUGCUUCAAGAUGGUGUCGAAUGUUCAAUUCAAACCUAGGAUUUCCAAGUAUUUACACGAAACAGGUGAAGUUAUGUUUGAAGAUGGCACGGUUGGCAAAUAUGACCAUGUUAUCCUAUCCACUGGUUACCACUACCAUUUCCCAUUUUUGAACCCUGAAGAUGAGCUGGUCAAGAUCUACGAUCAUCAUGAGAACAAUAGUCCAGUAUCUAAAAUAGGUAACCUGUAUCUCUACACCUUUUCCACCAUAGACAAUUCGUUUGCCACUGCAGGGAUUCCGACCUUUGGACUGAUGUUUCACGGGAUGGAAUACAGUGCAGCUGCAAUUGCAGGUGUUUUUUCUGGUUCUAAAAGACUACCCGAUCUGAAGGACCAAAUACAAUGGGAUGAAUACCGCACAAAGAGAAAAGAGCCCGAAGUUCCUCACCGGUUCCAAGGCUUCUUUUUGGAUAAAGCUGAGGAGCAGCUACUGAACCCGCUGUUCAGUCUGGCGCCAGAAGGGAGAACAAACCCCUUACAAAGGGAUAGAUGGAGAUCGUCAGAAGUUGAUGCGUCAACACCGGCUUUAAUCAAGGCAUUCAGGUCUCUCGUUAGCGGGAAGUGCAAGCCUGCUGAACUGUUGAAGUGA